ACAAAAUCCGUCAAAAUUGGGAUCUGUUCCGACUGUUGUCCCAACGACUCGAUGCUGAGUCGGUUCACUGCUAAGUCUGUCGAGAGAACCGAUGACGUACUCAAAGACAAAUACGCUGUCUUUGAUCUGACAUUUUUUGAAUGGGAACAAAAGCACGAACUCUUUCACUACCAGAAACUCUAUGUCUGUAACGAUAGACCAAAUAAAAAACAAAAUAAAUCGCAACAGUAUUAUGUGAUUCUCAAAAUCGAUAGACUUUCGACAUAUACUAUAUAUAGAGAUACUAAUCAAAAGCCAGCCGAAGAUGUCUACAAUGAAGUUAAGAUAAAACUAAGCAUUUUGUCCGAUGGAAUCACAUCAAAGAAACCGACAGUUGUGGCGCCUAUACUAAGAGAUAUUGUCAACAAUAUUAGAAACCAUCCAAACUGGACCUGUGCUCACAUCGCUGCUAAAUGUGGUUUAGAAAGAUUUUUCAUCAAAAAGUCGGAUCAAAUAAUCAAACACCUGAACGAUCAGCGAAAACCCGAUAAUUCAACUCCAUUGCAAUUGGCCAUCGAGUCGGGAAAAAUGUCCAUAACUCGGGCUAUAUUAGCAUUGAAGCCCAGAUUGGAGUUAAAAGAUGAGAUGGAAAACGCGGCCAUUCAUUACGCGGCGAUGUCCACCAAAGAAUGCCUGCAAUUAAUGCUCAAAGAGUCGAACGCUAUAGAGAUGUUGCGGUGGAAAAACAUCAAUAACUGUACGCCUUUGCAUUUGUCAUGUUUUACCAAACGAUACUCAAAUGUCUUCUUAAUAAUGUCUUUGCCGGGAAUAACCGUCAGAAUGUUAACAGUUUGGGAUCCAAAGAAAGACAGAUCACAUGAUUAUGAAGACAAAGUGGUUUUAUUUAAAAAACAAGACUUGGAUGAUCUGGACACUGAAGAUAUGCAAUUCGGCGGAACACCACUUCAUUGGGUUAGACAUCGGCGAACUCUUGAGAGACUUAUUAAUCUCGGUUUUGAUCUUAAUGUACGAAACAUCGCUAAAGAGACAGCUCUUCAUAUUAUGGUUAAGCGGUUGCGACUCAAGUGUUUGAUCGGUUUACUAUGUUUUGGUGCUAAAGUCAACAGAGUUAACAAAGACGGCGACACACCGUUGCACUGUUCGGUCAGAAUAUCCGAUAUAACUGCUACUCAAGCACUGACUAUAUUUGAUUCAAACAUAGAUAUAAAAAAUCACAAAAAAGAGUCGCCAUUACAUUUAGCGUCACAGGUGGCCAUACCUGACCACAAUAUGAUCAUCUAUUUGCUGUCGUCUAUUGGAGCUAAACGCUGUCCGUCUAGUAUGAAAAAUUGCAAACCUGGAUGCGCUCACAACGGAACAUUCAAUGGCAAUCCUUAUCAUCGAUGGCCUACUUAUGAGAAUCAAGUCUUGUACAGAAAGGUAUUACUAGAAGCUGUCAUUCAAGAAGCUCUUCAUAACAAAAGUCAAGUUAAAGGAAAGGGAGCAAAAAUGCUGUGUUUGGACGGAGGUGGUGUUCGUGGACUCAUAACUGUACAGAUAAUGAUUGAAUUAGAGAAGUAUAUGAAGGAAACAAACCUAAAAGAUAGUCAAAUAUCUAAUCACUUCAAUUGGAUCGCCGGCACCAGCACUGGCUCUAUAUUAGGACUGCUUUUGUCGACCGGAAGAUCAUUAGAUAAGAUAAGAUCCAUUUAUUUUAGACUUAAAGACAAAAUACUUGUCGGUCCGCGACCUUAUAGUUCAAAGAAUUUCGAAAAUCUUUUAGAACAAGAGAUCGGUGGUCUUCAUAUGUGUGAAGUGAUGACCAAAUAUAAUAAACAUCUCAUAAUAAACGCCACAUUAAUCGAUAGAAUGCCCGCAAAACUUCAUAUUUUCCGAAGUUAUGAAUCACCAGAAGAGGUGAUGGGUCUGAGUGAACCCGUUUCCAACUUUAAGAAAUAUCCCAAUUGUAAACAACAGGUCGCCUGGAGGGCGUGUAGAGCUUCGGGUGCGGCGCCAACUUAUUUUCGAUCCAGUGGUCCAUUUUUGGAUGGCGGGCUUAUGGCCAAUAAUCCGACAUUGGAUGCAUUGUCUGAACAUCAACUCUAUCAAAACGCUCUGAAAGCCGUCGGCAGACAAAAUGAGACACAAACACUUGAUUUGGUAUUAUCUUUGGGAACUGGUCGACCACCUAUUGUACCAAUGGAACCGGUAGAUUUGGUCAAACUAUGGAGUUACAGUUUAAAGGAAUGGUAUAAAAAUACGGCAUAUCUCAAACAAAUGUUUACUCUUAUGAUAAACCAGGUUACCGCCACUGAAGGACACAUAACAGACAGAGUCGAGUCCUGGUGUUGUGGUAUCAAUACUCCAUAUUUCAGACUCAAUCCAAUACUAUCUGAAGACAUAUCGCUGAAUGAAACGUCUGAUGUAGAGAUUUGUAACGGAUUGUGGGAAACAAUGGCUUAUUUAUAUUCAGUAAAAGAUGACUUAAAAGCAUUUCUUCAAUUAUUAUUACCAAAUGACGAACAAAUUAUCGACAAUAAAGACAAAGUGAAUAAAGAUAAAGAUGAAGAUAAAGAGUCGACAAAUAAUGACAAUAAAACUGGUUAUCAAAUAAAUAUUAGCAAAAAUGAUAUCGAAGUCACACCUAUUCCUCAAAGUUCAGACAUAGCAAACAAUUCUGAGUAA